AUGGACGACUACUUCUUCCAGGACCAUGUCCGCUCCUGCAGGAAUGUCAUCGAGGCCACGAGCUACCUCGAGAUCUUCAACUACUCGGACCCGGCCUACAACUCUGUUGAGGAGCAUCCCUUGACCAUGGACGAGUUUGAAAACUUUCUGCACCAGAGGGGCGCGUUCGUGGCGCCAAAAUUACCUUCAGGCGUGAAGCUCCUUAACGGCUGUCGGAUAGUGCUCCAGCUCAAGGCUAAACAUCCUGAAACCUUCACCUCCAACUACAUCUCCUUCACGGCUGCUGAGUACGAGUCCAUGGUCCGUGCCCUACAUCUGCCCUACCGCGCCAUCGAGGGCACUUCCGUCGUGGGGCCCUUCUUCUGGUGUGCCCACGACGAAGAUGACGACGAUAGCGAGAGCUCCAAACCAGGUCACUUGCAGAUCAUCAUGCGCAAGAGCGACGUGCGCAAGAAGGGCAAGACCCGCGGCUGGGAGCUCAUGCUCUCCCACGACCUCGCCACCGGCCUCACCUCGGGCUACGUCAAGGGCACCGACAGCAGCGACAUGAGCGAGAGCAUCGCCCACCUCCGUGCUUGCGCCCGCCAGGCCGCCCAUCCUUUCCUCCUGCCCAUGAUUAUCCUCAGCCACGACCUCUCACCCAAGACGGACCAGAAGCAGCGCGACGCCCGCGACUGGCUGCGCCGCCUCGAGCACGCCGUCAGCAUGCGCAACGAGAUCGUCGAGGACGAGGGUUAUGUCGGCAGCGACGCUGUCAUGGAUCUCGACCAGAUCAACCGCGACCUCGUUGAGUGCCACUCCCAGGUCCUGUGGAAGCGGCCACAGGCCUACCAGGAGAUCAUCAGGGAGAUGGAGAAGGGCAUGGCGCGGUUCAUGGAGAAGCUGCCUGCGUACCGAAACUCCAAGAGCGUCAACAGGUGUCACAAAAGCAUGCUGAGCAGGUUGGAGUUCUUCCGGAACAAGCUGGUGGGCAUCGAGAACUAUGCUCACACGACGCUGGAGAGGCUGGCCAUCCAGAGGAGCGCACUCUACAACAUCAUCGCUCAGAAGGAGUCGAAACUCAAUCUUCAGAUGGCCGCCGACCAGCGCCGCUUGGCCCACGCGAGCAAGCGAGACAGCACCUCCAUGAAGACCAUAUCCCUCCUCGGCGCCAUCUUCCUGCCUGCCACACUACUCGCUUCCAUCUUCAGCAUGGUCUUUUUCAACACUGGAGACAGUAACAUCACGGGGAUUCUAGAUGGAAGGUUCCAGGUAUACUCCACCUUCUGGAUCUACUUUGUCAUUACCAUCCCCGUAACCGUCAUCAUCGUCGUAAUCUGGUGGGCCUGGGACCGGUCACGCGAGAGACGGUACAAACAAGAGGACGUCGAUCUCGAGAGCCAGAUCGACGGCAUGGAGAGCAAGAUCAUGGCUACCAUGCGGCGGCGGACCAUGAAUAAAGUCCGCACGUGGACACAUGCGCCGGAAAAGGUCGAGUGA